UCUGAAGGGGCCGGGGUCGGUGCCCAGGCCUGGCAGCCGCGGGGGCGGGGGCCCUGGGUGGUCGCCGCACCCCCACCCUCCACCCGGGGGACCGCGGGGACCUCCUGGCCCUGAGCCUCCUGUGGCCGCGGGGGCUGGGCUGUGGCCGCACCUGGGGGUUCCCAGAGCCGCGGCCAGGUGGACGUUCCCACGCUCCUCCACCUUGGGCCGCUGGAGGCUGCUGGCCACGGUCCCCGCCCAGCGCCGGCCCGAUGGCGGCUCUCAACGCGUCGCUCGCCUUCUUCUUCGCCACCUUCGCUGUCUGCGAGGCGGCCCGGCGGGCGGCCCGGUCCCUGCUCCCAGCCAGCGCCUGGGGCAGCCUCGCGCGGGAGGCGGCGGGCGCGGCCCAGCUGUGCGCCUGCGGCCUGGAGAUGACGCUGCUGCUGGAGCUGGGGCCCUGGGCCGGGGGCUUCGGGCCCGACCUGCUGCUGACCCUGCUCUUCCUGCUCCUGCUGCUGCACGGGGCUACCUGCGCGGGCGCCGCGGCCUGGCCCACCGUGGCCCUGCGGGACUUCCUGCUGGCCAAGGCGCCCCUGCCCGGCACGCUGCUGAGGCUGGCGGCCCAGGCGCUGGGCGCGCAGGCCGCGGGCGCCCUGACCCGCCUCUGCUGGGCCCGGGGGCUCAGUGAGCUGCACGCGCUGCAGGCGCUCCUGGCGGCCAAUUGCAGCUGGGCCCUGCGCAGCCCCGGGGCCCGCGGCGCACUGCGGGAGGGCACCUGCGCCUUCCUCUUCCACCUGGCCCUCCUGGGGCUCCGGCGCCGUCCCGCGGCCUGCAGGGCCCCCGCCCUGGACCUGCUGGUCACCGUCAUGACCCACACAGCGGGACCCUCCACCUCCGCCUUCUUCAGCCCCGCCCUGGCCGCCCCCCUCACCUUGCAGUGCCCGGGGCACAACUGGCUGGAGCACGCCCAGGUGUACUGCCUGGGCCCCCUGACAGGCAUGGUCCUGGCCGUCCUGCUGUAUCAGGGCAACAUUCCCCGGCUCUUCCAGAGGAACCUGCUCUACAGUCAGAAGAACAAGUAUCGGACCCCCAGAGGGAAGCCAGCCCCCAGGCCUGGGGAUCCCCAGACCCCACUAAGGGGAAGAGCAGCUGGGAGCCUGGGCAGAGCAGGGUAGGGUGGCCGCUGCUCCGCUCCGGCUGACCCAGCUUGCUCCUGUGUGAGCACAGUGUGAUGUCCGGUGCCCUGGCAGCCCCCAUGACCCCUGGAGCUGAGGAGGGAUCAGAUCAGCCCCCACCUCCUCCCUGGAAACCCUCCUCAAUAAACCAU